GCCCCUCCCUUUCUCGCCCCCUACUCACAGCCCUCUAACACAACAUGGCAAGCAAGGCCGCACAGAAACGCCUCACCAAAGAGUACAUCAACAUGCAGAGGGAACCCCCGCCCUUCGUAUGGGCCGUCCCAGACGAGAAGAACAUCCUCAUAUGGAAUUAUCUUAUCCGCGGACCCCCUGAUUCGCCAUUCGCGGGUGGAAUGUACCACGGCGUGUUGCUCUUUCCCUCCGAGUACCCGUUCAGGCCACCCGGCAUCAAGAUGCUCACCCCCUCGGGCCGCUUCCAACCAGACAAGAAGAUUUGUUUCUCCAUGUCCGAUUUCCACCCCGGAUCAUGGAAUCCUGCAUGGAGUGUGGCGACGAUAUUAACGGGAUUGCUGUCGUUUAUGCUCUCGGACGAGAUGACGACGGGAUCGGUGACGUCGCCCGACUCGCACAAGCGCUCGCUCGCCGCGCGCAGUCACGCGUGGAAUCUAGGGCAACCACGCUAUAGAGAUGCGUUCCCUGAGUACUGUGGUCCCACGCCGCGAGACCUGCCUAACAUGGGCGAGAAGGAGCGCGGGAAGCCCGACGAUGCUAAACCCGCCGCCGCCGCCACUCCUGCAACUGCAGCGCCUGGCUCAACUUCGCAGCCAUGAACGACGGAUCCGGCGCACGAACGACACAGCCACAUCCAACGACGGCGAUGGCUACUUCGGCAUCCGGUGCGAAUGGCGGGGAGCACGUUCCGGUCGUGGGCGUGAUCAAUGGGGGCGUUGUGCCCGGGACCGUGGGUCUGGCGGUGGGGGCGGGUGUGAAUGGCAUUAACGGAACAGGAACGACGAAGGGGACGGUGCCGGGUGUUGCGGGCGCGGGCGCGGCGGCGGGGUGGGCGGCGUCGUGGCGCCAGGUGAUUUGGGAGAAGUGGAGGUGGGGGGUGUUGAUUGCGUUUGCGGUUGUUGUGUCGAGGCUUUCGACGGGGUCUUGAGUGUGGGUGUGGGGAGUAGAGUUAGUCUGGGUUCUCUUUCGCCCGCACGACCCCUUGCCCACCCGGGUCUCUUUGUGGUGUUCUCCUGCUUAGCCUCUGCGGUCGUUUGGGGUUUUGGAGGGGUGUACGCGAAGAUACAGGGGGUAGGGGGUAGGGUGGAGCUAAAGCCGUAUAAUCGUUCGUUUUGA